AUGUUGGUCUGUGGGCCAUGCACGGUUGUCCAGGCAGCCCUUGGCGAGGCCCUCCUCAACACUCCGCAGGAGCACCUUGAUCAGAUCGUUGCCAAAAUCGAGGAAAGCGCCAUGUACCUGUACAAUCACAUUGGAGAGUGUGUCGGCCUGUCUCCGACGAUGCCGCGGGGAGCGAUGUACUUGAUGUCGAAGAUUGAUUUGGAGAAGUACAGAGACAUCAAGACCGACGUGGAGUUCUUCGAGAAGCUGCUCGAGGAGGAAAACGUGCAGGUGCUGCCUGGAACCAUCUUCAAUUCACCAGGCUUCACGCGGUUAACGACGACGCGGCCCGUUGAGGUAUACCGUGAGGCUGUUGAGCGCAUCAAGGCGUUCUGCCAGCGUCACGCGGCCGUUUAG